AUAAGAAAUAAAUAAUAUUAAUUUAAUCAAUCCACGAAUUUAAUACACAAGAAAAUACCAAAAUUACAGAGUUUCUUACAAAAAAUCAAAUUAUUUACAACUACAUAUUCACAUUUUAAUAAGUGUUAUUAAAUAAGUUCAUAUAGAAAGCAAUGCAUUUUCUAAAAGCUGUUGUAAUAUGGCUUCUUUCUGUAAUGGUGCGUCAUGGAAUUUCAUCACCGCUACAACAAAUAACAACGGCCACUAUGGGUACACGAUUUAGAAGGGAAUCAGAACCCCAGUGGCAUGUGGAAUUUAUACCGAAUAAUAUUACAGCUCAUAUGAAUACAGUGGAACAGAUACAAGUAAGAAUUACAAAUAUUGAUGUUGAACAAUUAAAUUACAUAUCGUUUAGAUUUAAAUCUGAUAAUGAAGAUUUGGCCAAAGUGGAUGAUGUCGUAAUGGGCUCUCAAGUUGAUAGACUGAAAAAGAGUUGGCAUGGAAAUAUUACCACUGAUGUAAUAUUCUUGGGUUCGACACGAAUUUAUGUUGAAAUGAGCAACAGUUUAUACAAUACAACAGAAUUAAGUAAAGAAUAUUUUGAUUUAAUUAUCAUACGAAAACAGCGUAUUAUAGAUCAUGUAUUUACCGGCUCCGUUAUUUUGCUGGUAUCUUUAUUGUACAUUAAUUUUGGUGCUGCACUAGAUAUACAAGUCUUAAAAGGUCUUAUAAGAAGACCGGUGAGUCCCGGCAUUGGUAUUCUAUGCCAAUAUGUUCUUAUGCCAUUGCUGAGUUUUGCUGUGGGCUAUUUUAUAUUUCCCGAUAAUCUGGAAAUGCAACUGGGUUUAUUUUUUACUGGUGUUUCGCCCAGUGGCGGUGCCUCGAAUAUAUGGACUGUUAUUCUGGGUGGCAAUAUAAAUCUAUCGGUUUUAAUGACUACUCUCAGCAAUUUGGCGGCGUUUGCAAUGAUGCCCUUUUGGAUUUUCACAUUGGGCCAUGUUAUUUUUACACGCGGCAAUUUGAAAGUGCCUUAUGCUAAAAUAGCCACAUAUUCUAUAGGAUUAAUUGUGCCCUUGGCAAUUGGUUUGGCGUUACAGAAAUGGGCACCCCGUGUUAGCCGGGUUUUGGUGCGUCUUUUAAAACCAAUUUCAACAUGUUUAAUAUUAUUCAUUAUAGUUUUUGCUAUAGUAACUAAUUUAUAUUUAUUUAAGUUGUUUUCAUGGCAGAUUAUUCUGGCCGGUUUAUUAUUGCCCUGGUUAGGCUAUAUUAUAUCCUGGUGUGUGGCCAAAUUGUUUAAACAAAAUUCUACAGAUUCCUUAACUAUAGCUAUAGAGACGGGUAUACAAAAUACCGGUAUAGCCAUAUUUUUACUAAAAACUUUACCGCAACCUCAGGCCGAUUUAACUAUAGUUAUUCCAGUGGCUGUGGAUAUCAUGACCAUGUUUCCGCUUGUGGGUUUGUAUGUGUAUAACAAAUGUACUGGUCGUAAUAUCAAAGAUGGAGUUUUAACCGAAGAACAACAAACUAUUAGACCUUAAAUUAUUUAUGAUGAAACUAGUGCUAGAAUAGAAUUUAUAUUUUGUUUUAUAUAAAAACAAAAGCAAACAAAAUGGUAGACAAAAAAAAAAGUACACCAUUGGCCGAGCCUUAUUUAUGCAAUAUGUCUUCCAUUUAAAAUCUCUCCAGUUAUUUAAUAACUAUAAAUAUUGUUAUUUUUUUUAAUAUAUAUAAAUACAUACCUUUUUGUUAAAAUAAUAA